AUGCUCUGGCGGCUAGCGCUGCCCGCGGCGGCGGCGCUGCUUCCUCGCCCAGCGCCCCGCGCACCCGCUUGCCUGCGAGCUGCCGCCGUGAUGCGCGGCCAGCACGAGUGGCGCCUCUUCGGCGUCGAGCUUCCGGCUGUGGGCACGGAGGAGGAGGAGGAAGGUCGCUUCUCGUACAAUGACGCGCCACUCGUGCCGCCGGCGCUGCACGAGGAGGUCGCGCGCCGCCUCAAGCUGGAGCCGGAGGCGCUGCCGCCGGAGAGGCUGCGGCUCGUGCGAAAGUCUCUCGACGCGAGGCCGCCGCGGCGGCGCGGCGGCGGCGGCCGCGGCGGGCGCAGCGGCGAGCGCGAGGAGCGUGCCUCUCCUCCGCCCGACCCACCGCGCGACCCGGCAGAGGGCGACGACGGCGAGGGCGAGGGCGAGGGCGUCGGCGGCGGGAGGCACGUCGUCGUUAUCGGCGCCGGCCCUUGCGGUCUCUUCGCGGCCUUGACGCUCGCCCGAGCGGGUGCGCUCAUCAAGCGGCGCGUGCUCGACCCGGAGUCGAACUUUUGCUACGGCGAGGGCGGCGCAGGAACGUGGUCCGACGGCAAGCUCACGACUCGGAUCGGGCGCAAUUCGGCGGCGAUCUCCCCAUAUCUCCCCAUAUCUCCCCAUAUCCCCUCAUAUCUCCCCAUAUCUCCCCAUAUCUCCCCAUAUCUCCCCAUAUCUCCCCAUAUCCCCUCAUAUCUCCCCAUAUCUCCCCAUAUCUCCCCAUAUCUCCCCAUAUCGGCGGCGGUGCGCACCGUCCUCGAGACGCUCGUCACGUUCGGCGCUCCGGAGAGGAUCCUUCUGGACGGCAAGCCGCACCUCGGCUUCCGCGCCGAGCUGCUGCGGCUGGGAGCCGACAUCCUCUGGGACGCGCGCGUACAGUCGCUCAUUCUGAAGGGCGGCGAGGGCGGUGCCGAGGGCGAGGGCGCUGCCGAGGGCGGCGGCGGCGUGGGCAGUGCCGCUGGCGGCGGCGGCGGCGGCGGCGGCGUUGGAUGCGGCGGCGUAGCAGGCGUGGUCCUGCGGGUAAUCUCGGGCGUGGUGCUGGCGAGUGGAGAGCGAGUCCUUGCCGACGCGGUCGUGCUUGCUGCUGGCCACUCUGCGAGGGAGCUGUACCAGGAGCUGCUGCGCUGCGGGGCGACGCUGGCGCCGAAGGACUUUGCGGUUGGUUUCCGGAUCGAGCACCCGCAAGGCGAGUAUCUCCCCAUAUCUCCCCAUAUCUCCCCAUAUCUCCCCAUAUCGAGCAUCCGCAAGGCGAGUCUUCAGUUAUUCUCAGUAACCAAGGAGUUAAGUAAUUUAGUACUCGGAUUCAGUCGCAGUACGGACUACUGA